AUGGAGUUAGCAGCACUCUGCUCUGUUUUUGCUUCUCUGAGAGUCCUUCCCAGCAGGUCCCAGUUCUUCCAGUACGAGUCUGUCACUCUGAGCUGUGAGCUUCAUGGAAACCUCUCUGGAUGGAGAAUCAGAAGAACCAUCGAUCAGGGAAACACAACCGAAGACUGUCCAUCCUCCUCGAACAGAAGUGACUCCGUCUGCUUCAUCAGAGAACUGUACUACUGGGACAAUGGAGUCUACUGGUCUUCUCUGAGAGUCCUUCCCAGCAGGUCCCAGUUCUUCCAGUACGAGUCUGUCACUCUGAGCUGUGAGCUUCAUGGAAACCUCUCUGGAUGGAGAAUCAGAGGAACCAUCGAUCAGGGAAACACAACCGAAGACUGUCCAUCCUCCUCGAACAGAAGUGACUCCGUCUGCUUCAUCAGAGAACUGUACUACUGGGACAAUGGAGUCUACUGGUGUGAGUCUGCAGAGGGAAAGUGCAGCAAUAAAGUCAACAUCACUGUGACAGCUCUAGAUUUGAUUCUUGAGGCUCCUGUACUUCCAGUGGUGGAAGGAGAAGUUGUGACUCUGGGCUGCAGGAACAGGACGUCCUCCGGCUUCUCCUUCUUUUACAAAAACAGGCUCCUGGUUGGGAACAGUUCAACAGGAAACUGGACUAUUGAAAGAGUUUCUAAGUCGGAUGAGGGCUUUUACCAAUGCAGCAGCUCUGGAAGGGAUUACUUCUCCCCAGACAGCUGGCUGGAUGUCACAGGUGAGAGGACGCUGCUGCUUCCAUAUUUGUGGUUUGGUAGACUAACGACUGGUUCACACCGGAUGCAGAAGUCCUUCGCAGGAGGUUCACGCCGUGCAGUGAUCGUUUCAGCCUCUGGUCCAUUUUAGCGCCUGCAAUCUGUGUCAAUUCUGGCAGGAAGUUAGACCAAGACGCAUGAUAAUAUCUGGUCAUUUUUUUACUAGUUUUUUAAG